CGAUGCCUUUGUGGUUUAUCUCAUCACUUUAUAAGACAUGGGCAUUUCCAGACACGAUGCCUUUAUGGUUUAUCUCAUUGCUUCAUAAGACAUGGGCAUUUCCAGACACCAUGCCUUUGUGGUUUAGCUCAUUGCUUUAUAAGACAUGGGCAUUUACAGACUCCAUGCCUUUAUGGUUUAUCUCAUUGCUUUAUAAGACAUGGGCAUUUCCAGACACCAUGCCUUUGUGGUUUAUCUCAUUGCUUUAUAAGACAUGGACAUUUCCAGACACGAUGCAUUUAUGGUUUAUCUCAUUGCAUUAUAAGACAUGGGCAUUUCCAGACAGCAUGCCUUUGUGGUUUAUCUCAUUGC